CGUACCAAUAUCUGACACCGUGUCGGCCGAUGUGAAAAUGUCUUACAGAACAAUACAAACUACAUGUACCUAAUACUUAUGUCUAUAUAAAUUGAGUAGAAGCUCUCAGUACGGCAGUCGAAAUCGGUUCGCGAACACGCGUAGUUAUUUACCAUAACAAAAACUUCACUGAUUGUUAUUUAACAUAAAAUAUGGAUUUUGUGUUUAUAAUAGCCUUGGCAGUGGCAGCCGUUUUUGGUCAGGAGUACUAUCCUAAGAAACACCCAGUUGGACUUACCUUAGACCCUAAAAACAGCCUCGAUAUGCUAGACCACGGACUACCCAAUACAGAGCUGUUAAUGUCUUUUGUGGUAUUUCGACAUGGUGAUAGGACGCCAGAUGAAGAAGAAUUAACAAAGUACCCAACAGAUCAAAAAUACGAUAACAUUUUAUUUCCUUACGGAACGAAAGCAUUGACUAAUAAAGGUAAACAGCGCGGUUACCUCGUCGGUGAAUAUUUAAGAAGACGUUAUGAUAGUAUAAUUUCUAAGUUAUAUCUGCCCAACGAAAUUUUCGUUCGAACGACUGACUACGCGCGCACUAAAAUGACAGUUCUGACCGCUCUGAGCGCUAUGUAUCCGCCGCUACCGGCACAGAAAUGGAACCCCUUCCUCAGCUGGCAACCCAUUCCUUACAGUACCCUCGCCAGUACAGAUGACGAUCUGCUUUACUAUUACAAUUGUCCUCGCUAUCUCGAUGUUAGAAAGCAAGUGUACAAUUUACCUGAAGUACAGAAAAAGCUUAAACCUUACGAAGGUCUCUUCAAAUUUUUAAAAAUAAAAACAGGCGCGAACAUAUCCACACCCGAAGAUGUUUUUUUCUUGGAUAAUUUAUUUCAGACUUUGGCUAACGUAGGCGUAAAACCUCCAAAAUGGGCAUUAGACGUAAUGCCACAAAUAAAAGAAAUAACUAAAAUUGAAUACGAAUGUGAAUUCUACAACAACGAACUGAUAAAAUUAGCAUCAGGAGUACUGCUUGCGGACGUGUUGAAUGCUACGAGAUCGCUGAUCCAUGGCGAUCGCGACCAGCCGAAGCUACGUUUAUAUUCAGCGCAUGAAAACAACGUGGCUGGGUUCAUGGCGGCUAUAAGGGUGUUCAAGCCUCAUCAACCUAAAUAUGGAUCGACGAUAUCUUUGGAAUUAAGAAAACGACCUCUAACUGAUAAAUAUGGUUUCACCGCGGUGUACGCACCGGAGGGAGGAAGCCCGGGAGUUGUGCUACCGAUCGAAGGUUGCGAAGACCAAGCGUUUUGCGACUACGACACUUUUGUUAACUUGACCCACCAAACUGUACUACAGAGAAGCGAUUACAAACAUUUAUGUUUCCCUUCAAUAAGUUAACAAAUAGAAUAACUACCUUAUGUAUAUGUAAUAAAAUUAUAAUUUUAUAAGAA